CGACUGGUGGGAACGAAAUGUGCAGGUCGCUGUUGUCUCAUUUAAUAGAGUCCCCCAGAGAAAACGGAAGCAGAAACGACCGAGAUGUAGUCUAACUAUGUAAUUAGGGAAAAUGGCCUUCAGAAGUGUCAGGCUGAUUUAUGAGCAGUAGAUAGAAAAGAAUUACCGACGCGUUUACAAUUAAAAGAAUAAAACCCGAGUCUUGUUUUUUGGGGACUGACGGAUUGAGCCGGCCUCUGAUUGACUAGCGCGAUAAAAUGAUCCAUCAUCUACAGUAGUUAAGUAGGCAGGUAGGCGGGCAGUUGAUAAUCCUGAAGUUGACUGGGGAGAGAAUUUCGUAACAUGACUUCUGCAAUAGAGGAAAAAGAGCUACAAGAGAGACUGAGAGAAGCUGCUGCUUUGGGGGAUAUUGAGGAAGUUCGGCGAUUGGUGGAUUUUGGAGCGAGUGUGAACUCUCAGAAUGAAGUCAACGGCUGGACUUGCUUACACUGGGCCUGUAAACGAAACCAUGCCCAGGUCGUGGCAUACCUUCUAGAGGCUGGCGCAGAUAAAGACAUUCUCACUGUUAAAGAAGAAAAAGCAUUCCAGUUAACAUCCAAAAGGGAAAUUAGGAAGAUGCUGGGAGUGGAAGAUGAUGAUGAGCUUUUGGAUGUGAAGAAAGACUUGCCAAUUAUCCCAAAUUAUUUAUCUAACCCGCCUUUUCCUUAUGUGUAUAACUCCAUGAGUAACAGCACUACCAGCACCUCAACUUCCUCUUUGAAUGGAAGACUUUCUCCUCCUUUACAAAAACACAACAUGGACACUCCAAUAUCUUUGUCUCCAGUACAAACAUCUGGCACGUCAGUAUUGCAACAUGGAAAGGCUUCUGUAGGAUGUGAUGGAGACGUGACAAAGGCAAUCGCUAUAGAAUGCCUGGAGCCCAUUGUUCAGAAUGGCCAUGCUCAUCAGCUCUCUGUUCCUCCAAGCAGGACACACUGUUCCCCAGCUGGAUCUAUACAACCAGAAACCCAGCAACCCAGUGGCCCUUACACGGGAGCUGUCCCAACAUUUCAGCCGUUCUUCUUUACUGGAGCAAUUCCCUUCAGCAAUAUGCAAGAACUGGUACUUAAGGUCAGAAUUCAAAAUCGUACCCUGAAGGAGAAUGACUUCAUUGAAAUUGAAUUGGAUCGACAAGAAUUGACGUACAAAGAACUGCUUAGGGUGAGCUGCUGUGAAUUGGGGGUUAACCCCGAACAUGUGGAGAAAAUCAGGAAGCUUCCAAAUACAGUGUUAAGAAAGGACAAAGACAUCUCAAGGCUUCAAGAUUUCCAAGAACUGGAGCUUGUCCUAAUGAUGAGUGAUAAUGACUUUAUGUUUAAAAAUGCAGCACCAGCACUGACCGAAAGGCCUUGUUAUAACAAGAAAGCAUCAAAACUAACUUACUAAAUAUUGAAUUAAAAGUUUCAUUCUAGUAUUUAACUAUUAAACCUAGAACGCUCUAAGGGCUAUAUCAUUAACUUCUACUGUACCGUGGAAAGUAUAAUUAAACGACUGAACAUAUAUCUUUGAAAACAAGAUCAGUUGAAACAAUUGGACUUGUUUUUAAUUUAAUAUGCUAAAGGUGAUGAUAUCAUACUUGCAUUUCAUAAACUGACAAGUGGAAUACCCUAACCCAUGAAUGACCUUUCUUAUAAGGAAAUUGUUUCUUCUUGGAGUACAACAAAAUAAAAGUUCUCAGGGAAAUAAAUUAAUUGUUCUAAUAAUUGCUACUAGUAAAAAGGAGGUACACUACAUUGAAAGACUGAAUAUGUAACACAUUUAAUGCUGGUAACAAGAUAUUUCAAAUGCAGUUAGUUGUCUAAGUAGAUCUGAAUGUGCAACUUGAGAAACAGAGAGAAUUUUACAGGAAGGAGCAAGGAGAGAUGUGGACCUUUGGACAAUGGCCUAUUGAAUCGGGAUUAAUUUUACAGUAAUCUCACUAAUGCACAUUUACAUAUUUUUUGCAGCAGCGCCUUGCAAAUAUAUACCGUAAGUGAGGUGUCUCGCCAUUGCUGAUGGCAAGAGGAGCAGCUAAUUUUGUGAUCCCAGAGAAAAACCUAUUUUGCUACCUUUACUGAUCCUGCCUGGGGUAAAGCAUCGAAGAGCUUCUGUAAGAGACAGAGGCUGCACAAUUUAGAAAUUAAGGAAGUGGUUCCUUCCACUUGUUGAUACAGUACAACAAGGGAUGCUGCCAAUGUUCUUAGGAAAAUCUGUAUUUCAGAAAGAAGCACAUUGACUGGUUUAAAAAUCUAGCCAAGUAGCUAAAUCAGCUGUGAUUUCUUCGAAAUGGUGCUCAGAUAAAAUAUUAGAAAAUAUACUUUACUGUAUUAAUCCAGACUUUAAAAAUAGUGUUAACCAAAACUCUGUGUAUGUGAGUAUAACCAAGAACUGCUUAGCAGUAAAUAAUGCAGAAUGUUUGGUACUGUUUGGACUGAUUUUCCUUCUUUGCUUUUCUUUUGUCUAUUUAACCUUGAGUGUUUUCCUGAGGAGCAAUCAGGAUGUCUACUUGGUAGCCUGGUUCCAAGAUGAAAUUAGCACAAGUUCCUUCUGCCUCUAAUUUUUGUCCUAUUUAUCCUCAGGUUCUUUAAAACUGUUACUUAUUUAAAGGAAAGCUUGUAGCAUCUUAGAUAGCAGAAAUAUUUUAAUAUCAAGAUAAAUAAUACAUCUUGGAAUUUCUAUGCAUUUUUGACAGUGUUGCUUGCAUUUCAUAUAAGCAUGUCUAAACUUUUCAUCAUCUUGCUAAUUCAAGUUCUAUAAUAUUUUGAUGCCAAAUCCCAGGAAAAAAAAACAGUAUGAAAAAGCAUGGGACGCAGUACUACAAUUAAGAAUAAAUUAUUAACCUAGUUUUAGGAUUCUGUGUAGCUGGUGGAUUGAUAUCAAUUCAUUUAUUUGUAGUCCAACGACUACAUGCUAUAAUAUAGAUGGAUUAUAUAGCUAUCCGGGCAGUUAGGAUUUAAUAGGUGUAUUUAGUUGCUAAUUUCAGUUGCCAGAUGUCAGUGUUCCUUGUCUACAGAUUCAGGAAUGUGUGCACAAGUGCUGAGAACAUAAAUUUAAGCCAUUAGUGUCUGGAAAAAAAAAGACUGACCCAGUACUAGAGAAUUAAGACAGACCUGAAAGAAGUAACCUGUAUAACAUUUUUAGAAUACCCAGUGAAAAAAACAAAUGUCAGAAUUGCCAACCCAAGUCCUGAGUUCUGAUUAUAUUUGCCAGACUUUAAAUAAUGAAUUUGGAAAACUACCGUAAUUCAAUCCAUGUCUUCAUAGUAGGAAUAGUUACACUGUAUGCUCUGUAGGAUUAAAUUUGGUCGUCUCCAAAUUCAUGCUGAGUUUUCCAGUUUCUAUCCUCUCCAUGUUACCUUAAAAAAGAUGUGGGGAAGAAUAGUGCCUUGGAGGGGAGAAGGUAGAGAUUCUUAGAUCUUGUCUAUUCCCCCCCCCCCGAUUGAUUUUGGGGAAGUAGAGCCAGAAAGAACUUUGAGGAUCUAGUUUUUUUCCCAUUAAGUGGAGAGCUGGAUGGUCUAGCCCUCUGUUCUGUGGUCAUUGCUUUUGUUUACCUCUGCCUGAAUUUAACCUGCUGGUAAAACUGAUUGAAUAUAUUUUAUAGAAUCAGUUCUUGGAACCUACAGUAUCAAAAUGUGUUCUGUGUCACUUUUUUCCCUUUGGAUCCUAUAAGGAACAAUCUGAGAAAGGAGAGCUCUUAUUUGUCCUUAGGUACAACGUUUUCUCAAACAGCUCAUUUAUAUACUGUAUGGGUGCUCCAUCACUGGAGGUUUCCAAAAUUAGACUGGAUAGCCAUUUGACCAGGAUGGUAGAAGGACCUCUGAAGUCCCUUCCAGCCCUAUGAUUCUAUGUUUGCCACUUCAUUAUGAAGAGGCUCUUUAUUAUUCAGCUUGAUUUGCUAGGGGAGAAAGAUAGUUUGUCUAGCAGUAGCUUAAGACUUUUCCCUAUCCUGGGCAAGAGUUUUUGGAGAAGUUGAAUUCCGUUGUUGAUUUCUGCAUUUUCAUCCCCUCCUCUCAUGCUUUUGACAAACAUAUUGAUGAAAAAAUAUCAUUUACCUUCAAUGACCCAUAUUGGUCACGUGAUCUGUUUAAGAUCAGGCCUAAAAGGAUAGGUAAUCCAUAGGCUGAGUGUUCCUUUCCCUAUCACUGAGAUCACAUUGCCUUCUUAGCAAACUGAUCGCACUUCAGUGACAAAGUUUUUCUUCCUUCAAAAUAUGAAUGAGAUAAGGAAGCCCAUUUUCAUUCUUAAGACUGCCCCCAAACCCUUAAAAAGCUGGACAAAAUCCUAAAUGGGGGAUGCAGAAUUUUCAGCUUUCCCAAAUAUUGCCCAUCUCAAAGUGGAACUUCAAAAUGGCACGAAUCACAGUGAUUGAUAAAAUAUGAUGAUUAAUUUUAUCUUUAAAAUCUGAAAGGUCUUUUAUGAAGGUAGCUUAAAGUUGAUAAACAAUCAGUCUAUUAAACAGUUUUUGAUUUUAAAUAACAAACUCCCUUUGGGAUUGCUCUAAUAAUGGAAGUGGAGGCAAGACAUUUUUAAAGACAAAGUAGGAAGACAUGGUUUGCUUAGAUUAAAGGUAAUUAACAAUAUUUGGAAUGCCAGCUUGAUAUAUAUUGAUAUAUAGGUAAAACAUUUUUUUUAUUAAAAUGUUUAACAGCUAAGCCAUUUAAAUAGGGUUUAGGGUUUUGCCCCAGCUAAGACCCCAGGACAGGGGAGGUGGGGUGAUAGUGAUCAUCUGAGAAUCUGUCUUGGUCUUCAGGAGCCUUGCUCUCCAAGUUUCUGGCUGUGAGACCCAGUACCUUAAGUUGAGCUCACAAGAUCAGUUGGGAGUGUUGCUACUGUACCAGUCUCCCUGUUGCAUAGCAACCUUCCUGCUUGAGCUGGAGGCCAUCUUGGGGCUGGCAAUGGAGUUCCCCAGAUUUAUGGUCCUGGCAAACUUUAAUCUAUUAUCCCUGGUUUUGGUCUCAGAAGCGGCCCAGGAGUUCAUGACUACCAUGGUACCCAUGGGCCUAUCCUAGAUCAUCUCCAGAUAUGAUUUUCAAGUUGCAGCAAUGACAACAUGAUUUGGUGGGGAAACCUGUCUUUUCCCCCCCUUGUCAUGGUCCAACCAUGCCUUGGUGUUCCUGAGAUUCUCUUAGGCCACCCUCCCUCUGGAGGGAGGGUGGAUCCUUUCAAGCAGUCCUCCCCCUGCGACUAAUGGACCUGAAUGGAUUCCAGAAGUAUCUGGUGGAUAUCUCAGGGGCUUUGCUGCACAGUCCUGCCGAAGCUCUGGUAAUGUUCUGGAAUCAAAGGACAGCCAAGGCUUUAAAUCAGAGCGUGCCUGUGUACUCUCUUUUAACCCUUCACUCCCACUGCUCCCUUUGUUUCAUUGGAGGGGCUGCAGGUUUUGAAAAGAAAUAAAGGACGCUGCUGAAGGAAGGCAAGGGAUGACUGUGACUACUACUUAUAGUUGCCAUUGAGGCCUUUCUCGUGGCAGUAAAAGUUGCAAAACAUUUCCCCACUCUUAUGAGCAUUGCCCAAUGGUCCUGCUCAAGAUCACCCAGUUCCUCCUGCGACAAGGGAGCUCGAAUAUUCAUCUUAAGGGUCACACAGAGGAAUUUGUUCAACACUUUACAAAGUUGCUCAGAUUCAUUUUCAGGUAGAAUCCAUGCAUUGCACUAGAUGCUUGGGAAGCAGUUAUCUGGGAACAGUUUCAGACCUGUUGGACCUGGUGAAGUGGACAGGAUCCUCAAUGCUGUCAGUGCAACUGCCAGUCAAUUAGAUCCACGUACUUCCUAGUUGUGGAAAGCCUCCAGGAUAGUGACUGCCAGGUGGGUUCAGGCAGUGAUUAAUUCUUCACUGCAGAAGGGGACAUUCCUGAGGCCAAUCCUGGAGGUCCUGAUUUGCCCUCUUCUAAAAAUAACAUCUCUUGAUUCCACCUGCCUGGACAAUUUUCAUCCAGUUUCCAAUCUUCCCUCUUUAGAGAAGGUGGUUGCUUGGCAACUUCAGAGGAUCCUGCAUGAAAUGGAUUAUCUGGACCCCUUCCAAUCAGGAUUCAAGCUCAAUUAUGGGACAGAAACAACAUGGGUCACACCUGAUGGGGUCCAGAAGAGCUUUUUCUUCCAUAGCUCUUGCCCUUUAGAAAUUGUACCUACAGAGAUGAGAUCCGUAUCUAUCCUUUUAACUUCCUUUAAGGGCCUGAAGACCUAGCUCUGCUAAUUGGCCUGGGGCUCCAAAGGGGGGGGGGCAUUCUGGAGAUGGCUAUUGGAUUAGGAAGGACCUCCUCCAUCUCUCCCUAAAUACUUGGUAUUCCUCUCCUCCCCGUCUUUUAAUGGUAUUUAUUUUUUGUUAUUUUUUGUUUUAUUAUUUUAAUAUAUACUAGUUUUAAUGUUUGUAAGCCACCCAGAGUAAUUUCUGGAUGAGAUAGGUGGCACAUAAAUUCAAUAAGUAAUAAAAGUUCUGGAAUGAUCUGAAUUUCUAUAUGCUUCAGAGAGAAGCCUGAUUGAAAGAGAUCCAUAUUUAACUCUGGAAUAGAUUGUAAUUUAAACACUAGCAGGGUCCUUGUUUCUCCUAGGAACUGGAGUUUGCAGCUCCACAGAGAAAGCCAAUUGAUUUAUGACAAUCAGUGAUAGCCACUAAAGGUGCAUAGCUGAAAUAUCCUCAGUUCAUGUUUGCCUAGAGCAGUGUUGUUGCAAGGUUACAGCUUCUCAUGUAAGUGUUCCUGAGUCUUGAUUCAAUAAACAAUGAUGUCUCUUUAGAUAUUUUGUCAGCUUAAAUAUCCAUCUACCCAAUUUAGAAACUAAUACACUGACAUAUUCAAUACCAAUUGAAUUUAUAGCCCCUGCCAUUCUCUUAAAACACAAAAUGUGUUACAUUAGUGAAAUAAUUGAAGGCAAUAGAGCCAUUUUGUGACAUAGCCUAAAUGUGGGAGAUUAAGCCAUAUUCUAUCACUAGAUUUCAAGUAUUUAGACCUACUAAAUCACAGAUAAAUGAAAGGAUAUGGACUGCUAUUGAUCAAGUUUGCCUAGGACAUAUUAAUUAGGAUUUAAAGAAACUAGUUUUAUCUUACACUUUCUGUUGCUAUUUAAAAGGCCUAGGACUUAAUCCUUGAAGGUGUAAAGCACGUAGAUGCCCAAUUAAAAUCAGAGUUCAUUAAGGGCUGCAAUUUAAAGUCUGGGAAGAAAAAUGUGCCGUUUCAGAUAAAAGAUUCAACUUAUACAUUUCAACAUCUUUUAGGAAGAAGUAAUGGAAAGAGAGAGGCCACAACCCAGCAUAGAAUCGGUGUGCUUAAGAAUGCUCUAUUAUGUGUUGGAAAAGUGUUGGAAAUGUAUUAGGCUACUCAUUUAUAAGCAGGUAUCAACAUAGAUCUAGUAUGUUGUUGAAUAAUCAUUGUUUUAGUAAAUACAGUACAAGUCACUUGAACAUAAUGCACAAUUGCUGACAUCUUUCUAUGCACUCUGAGAAAUAUUUUUAUAUUGUGUAACUUCUGCAAUUUAUAACAGAUGAUUUUAUUAGCUUUGCUAACCAAAUAUAUUAAUCUAAUCUAUUGAGUAAUCCUUUCUUGACAUCAUUGGAUAUAAGGAAAUCAGGACUUCCUGCAUUGUUACAUAAAUAACCUGGUUAUAAUAAAGAAUUACUUACAUGUUUUAGGUUUAAUAUUAUUUCUUUUGGGUUGUAUCCUUUUUAUAGUUAAUAAAAUGUUAUUGCCCAUAAAA